AUGGCGCACCGAAAUGGGAAACGAAAGCACUUCGGAAAGGGAGCGUGGAACCACAACACCAAACAAAAAUCGGUCGAGCCUGGUCUCAGCGGAUUGCUCUUCACGUGUCAUCAAGAUGAGCGACGAGCCAUUGCCGAAGCCUAUUCAUUGAUUGAUCAACUGUGUGGCUUUGAUGAAAAGAAAGCGGCCGCCGAACAAGAAGACGAUGAUGCAGCACUUGAGAAAGAAUGCGCUGAAAUGAGAAGUAAAGGAGGCAAGUGGAACCAACGAAAACAACGACCAACAGGAGUCAAAAAUAACCUUUUCGUCAGUAUACCAGAUGUCGAUGCCUCAACACUUGCCGCAAAGCUUGUCGAUCUCUGCCAGAAAGAACAACGAUGUCGAUUCAUUCAACGAGUGUUGCCAGUGGAACGAACGGAAGCAGCAGAACUUACGCAAUUAAAUAAAAUCAUUCCUGAGCUUGUGAAGAAAUACUUGGUUGAAAAAGAUGGUAUCUAUCCGACGUAUGCAUUGGAUUUUAAGGCACGAAACAACGAUUCGAUCAAAAGGGAUAACGCUCUCGAGAUGCUCGACGAUGCGGUGGUUGCGCUUUGUCCUGCGGCAAAAGUCAAUCUUUCGGAUCCGGAUGUUACCUUCAUUGUUCAGAUUGUGAAGACGACAAUAUUGGCUGGAGUUGUGCAUGGAUUUCAACGAAAAAGCCGUUACGCACUGCGACCUCCGACUGAAGAAUCAAAAGAUGCCGAAGUGCCGGAGAAAAGGCAAAAAUUGGACGAUUCUGACGUG